AUGGCCGAAGAAGAAGGCAGCAGUACUGCUCCUAUACCUAAGAACGUUUCUGUUGGUCGUUCCCCUCUCUACAGAUUAGACAGAAAGCUAGGUAAGGGCGGCUUCGGACAAGUCUACGUAGGUCGGCGUGUUUCUGGUGUAAAUACAAACGUCGACAGAACAGGACCAGGAGCUCUUGAGGUUGCCGUAAAACUCGAGCACAAAAAUAGUAUAGGCUGCAAUAAUGGACCACCGCAGGAGUGGAAAGUUUACGACGUUCUUGGUGGCAGCUGCCAUGGUGUGCCGCGGGUACACUAUAAGGGCAAGCAAGGCGAGUAUUAUAUCAUGGUGAUGGACAUGUUGGGGCCAAGCUUGUGGGAUGUUUGGAAUAACUGCAAUCAAAGAAUGACAAUUGAAAUGGUGGCAUGUAUUGCCAUUGAAGCAAUAUCAAUAUUGGAGAAUAUACAUUCUCUAGGGUAUGUACAUGGAGAUGUAAAACCUGAAAACUUUCUACUUGGUACUCCAGGGACUCAAGAUGAGAGAAAGCUGUUUUUGGUUGAUCUUGGACUAGCAACUAAAUGGCGUGACAGCUCGACUGGUGAGCAUGUUGAGUACGAUCAAAGGCCGGAUGUUUUUAGAGGAACAAUGCGUUACGCUAGCGUGCAUGCUCAUUUAGGGAGAACAAGUAGCAGGAGAGAUGAUCUUGAGUCUUUAGCUUAUACCCUUGUGUUCCUUCUCAAAGGUUGCCUCCCAUGGCAAGGAUAUCAGGGAGAGGAUAAAGGAUUCCAUGUCUGCAAGAAGAAGAUGACAACGUCUCCAGACACCUUGUGUCUCGAUCCCCUCCCUUUUAGACAAUUUGUUGAACAUGUGGUGAACUUGAAGUUUGAUGAAGAACCUAAUUAUGCAAAAUAUAUAUCACUGUUUGAGCGGAAUGUUAGUCGAAAUCCUGAUCUCAGGCCAAUAAACACUGACGGUGCACAAAUGCUUAUCAAUCGUAAGAGAGGAAGGGAGGAGGAAGAUGAUGAACAACCGAAGAAGAGAAUUAGAAUUGGUGCCCCAGCAACACAAUGGAUCAGUGUUUAUAAUGGUCGGAUACCAAUGAAGCAAAGGUGGCAUUACAAUGUGACUGAUACAAGCCUUGCGUAUCAAAUUGAGAAAGGAACCGAGGAUGGGUUAUAUAUUAGCAGUGUGGCUUCAUGUCAAAAUAAGUGGACCUUGAUUAUGGAUGCAGGCACUGGUUUCACUUCCCAAGUUUUUGAACUUGCUCCGACUUGUGUUCAUGAAGAAUGGAUAACGGAGCAGUGGGAGAAAAAAUAUUACAUCAGUGCAAUAGCCGGAGCUGAUAAUGGGAGUUCAUUAGUAGUAAUGUCCAAGGGUACAAGUUUUACGCAGCAGUGUUAUAUGGUCAGCGAUACAUUUCCCUUUAAAUGGAUCAAGAAGAAGUGGAAAGAGGGGCAUUUUGUUACUUCAAUGGCCACUGCAGGAAGUACAUGGGCCAUUGUUAUGUCCCGGGGUUCUAAUUAUUCAGAUCAAGUUGUGGAGCUAGAUUUCCAUUAUCCCAGUGAAGGAAUACAUCGACGGUGGGGUUCUGGAUAUCGCAUAACAGCAACUGCAGCAACCUGCGAUCAGGCCGCUUUUGUUCUUAGUGUGCCAAGGAAGAAGAUUCGAGAUGAAUCACAGGAGACAAUGCGUACUUCAGUUUUUCCAAGUACAAAAAUCAAGGAGAAGGCGGCGAAGAACCUUUAUGUUGCAUCAAUUUGUUAUGGACGAACAGUAUCAUAA